AUGGUUUGGAUUUUGGAGGUGUGUGUGUAUAUGUAGCGUGAGUGUGAGUGUGUGUGUUGGGCGGAAAGUCAACCUUGCGUUUUACUUGGAAGUUUGUAAGGAUUCUCCCGGACAGAGAUGCCUGUUCACCCCGGCUCUGUUUCACGUGUUGUUCGGUGACAGCUUGCGCUAUAUAUGUGUGUUAUUUUUCCAACACCAAGUCAUGCGCGAUCAAAGCCGCGGAACUUUGGGAGAGCUGACCGAGCAGGUAGCCUCCUGCUGAGGACACGAGUAUGCGAUUCCUCACCGGGUGGAUCCGCCGACACUUCGCAUGUAACGACUGGGCUUGGAAAAAGUUCAAUGGUUUAAUUUCCUCCUGAGGGAGCCGAAGCAGCAGGGCGGCAGGAGCAUGGCUUCGAGUGAGCUCUGGAUGUUGUAUACCAAGAAAGAUGUUAGCUACCUGCAGCCGUGUCUGGAAGCUUUUGUGGCGUCCUUCGAGAAGGUCAUCGAUGUCCAGUCGCUGGAGCCACGCCGUAACUCCUGUUCAUAUGUCUGCAGUCUGGAGGAGUGGAAUGCUGAGGUGCCUGUGGUGCCGCGAGAUUUUCUCGUGUUCCUGGGAACGCAGCUAUGGCACAGCGUCCUGCAUCUAUCCGGUCAGGAGCAGAACAACAGCACGCCUCACCCGCUGCUCCUCAUCAAGUUCUUCAUCAUCAUUUGCAGGAACAUGGAGAAUAUCGACCCGGAAAAGACCCCAGGCUUUGUGCUUGAAACCAUCAAGCUGUUAAACUACUGUCUGAAUCAGAUAAAGAAGAAACCUGAGGAGCAAAGCAGUCUGCAGUCAGUGGUACAGCACUGCCUGCUGCUCUGUGAAAACCUCUUUGACCCUUAUCAGACAUGGAGGAGACGGCAGGCAGGAGAGGAGGUCAGCAUGCUGGAAAGGAGCAAAUAUAAAUUCUCCCCUCUCACCCUCCCAGAGGAGCUACCGGCAUUCUUUCAUGACUGUCUGCAGGAGAGCGAGCGAAUUCCCGAUCCUUUGCUCCUGAGGCUGGUGCAUCUACAGGGAGCUGUCACCAGUGGAUGCAAAAAGAAUGGCCUGCUCUCCAUCACACCCCAUGUCGUGGAGGAUCUCAUGUCUGUUCUGCGCUCCUGGUGCCUCCGUCCUGCCCAAGAUGAGCCUAAGGACCCACAAGUGUUGCGCAUGACACUGCGCUGCCUGACCGCUAUGAUCCACCUGCUGCACUGCAGCAGCCCCGCCGAAAGGCAGGUGGAGAUUAAGACCGUGCUCAACAACUAUUUCCAGCUGCUCAACUGGAACAGACCACCAGCCAGCGACCAGGGAGACAGCCUAGCCUGGGAGGAGAGCAUCAUCACCCUGCAAACACACAUGCUCAAUGCCAUCCCGGAGAUCCUGCAGUGUCCCGACCGACCCGUGCUGCAGGCCAUUUUUCUGAACAAUAACUGCUUCGAGCACAUUCUCCGUCUCAUCCAGAACAGCAAGCUCUAUCAAAGCAGCAGGGGUAAAACAGAGUAUGAGGCUCAGUGUGACCUCACCAUGCGUUUGCUCACAGAAGCUAAAGUGGAGCAGGUCUGGGAAAAAGGUUCUGACUGCAUUACAGUACAUGCCAUUGGAGUCCUUACUGCCAUCAUGAGCAACUCCCCUUCUGCCAAGGAGGUCUUUAAGGAGCGCAUAGGAUAUUCACAGCUUUUUGAUGUUUUAAAAAGUCAAGGGCAGCCGACCAAACGGCUCCUCCAGGAGCUCAUGAACAUGGCAGUAGAAGGCGAGCACUGCCAGGCUGUCCCACUGGGAAUCAGUAACGAGCAGCCACUGCUCCUGCUUCUGCAGUGGCUUCCUGAGCUGGGCUCUCGCUCUCUGCAGCUGCUGGUGUGUGAAUGGCUGUUGGCCGUGUGCCGCGGUUCUUUGGCGUGCCGCUCUGUGGCCGUGGAAGCUGGUUUGGUGGAUGCCGUGCUGGAUGUGCUAAAGCAGGGGCCUGAGCGGCUUGAGCGCCAGUGUGCAGAUGCUCUGUUAGGCCUGGUGCAGGAGCUCGGCUCACUCUCACUGCGCCCUCAUCACCUGAAGAGCCUCUUAAGUCUGCUGCGCACAAACCCAGGCUCAGCACCUCAUCCUUACUGCACUCGCACCAUACGGGCACUCGCUGCAAUGGCCGCCCACGCCCAGACAGGCACCAGCGCUCUGGAGUACUUUGACCUCACGCCACCCAUGGCUGGUAUCAUGGUGCCCGCUAUAAACCGCUGGCCGGGUAAUGGCUUCGCCUUUCACGCCUGGCUGUGCCUCAACAGCAACUUCCCUCCUCCAGUGCACCAACACCACUCUGAGUCGCACCUCACCAUGCCUGAUAAUACGCUCCGCAUGACCAAGGGCCCUCGCCGAAAACAGCUCUACAGCUUCUUCACGGCAAGUGGGACAGGGUUCGAGGCUUUCUUCACCAUGGAGGGAGUGCUGGUGGUGGCAGUGUGCACCAAGAAGGAGUACAUGGCUGUUUCACUGCCUGAGCUGCCCCUUAACGAUGGAGUCUGGCACUCUUUAGCAAUAGUGCACAUCUCUGGUCGAAGGCCGUUCGGACAGAACCUGGUCACGAUCUACGUGGACGGAAACUCGUGUAAGACAGCACAGCUGCGCUUCCCAACACUCAGUGAGCCUUUUACGUCCUGUUGUAUUGGUUUAGCGGGUCACCGCACCACCACUACCACCACCUCGCCGACUCUGACUCCCCCAGUGCACUCAUCUGAGCUGGCAUUCCCUCUGUCCAUUGGUCCUCCAGCUCUCACCCGUUCUCAGUCUUUCCCAGCCUCGUUUGCUGCAGGAGGCGGAGGACGCUGGGGUUUGGGCAGAGAUGUCCCUGUCUACACCAUUCCCGCAGGACUACAGGAUACAGAGUGGGGCUCGCCGUCAUCGCUGGAUGGCCUGCUGGGCACCGCCUUUAUUUGUCACGAAGCACUGCAGCCUGCACAGACACACACACUCUAUAUGGCUGGUCCCAAUAGCGUGCCCCUGUUUAAAGCGGAUGGAGAACUCUCAGAGCUCUGCAGUAAACUCCUGCUGUACUACACACCUCAGGCCUUUAAAAACCAGAUCUGUCUAGAUCUAUCUCCUAACCAUAUGUAUGACGGCAGACUAACCGGACACAGGGUUAUCAACUGGGACAUCAAGGAUGUGCUGAACUGUGUGGGUGGAAUGGGGGCACUGCUGCCCCUGCUCGAGCAGGUCUGUGUACUGGAGCAGGGUGAGACUGCUGGGCAGGAGACCUCUGACCUACUGGGACCAGAUCUGACCUCUUCCAGGGGUCCAGCAGGCAUGCUGCUCCCUCUGGGAAAAUCCUGUGAGGGCCGCUUGGAAAGAAACAGCGUUGCCGCAUUCCUCCUUAUGGUUAGGAACAUGCUGCGCAAUCACCCAGUCAAUCAAGAGAGUCUUCUUCAGUGCCAUGGGCCGCCCAUUAUAGGAGCCAUGCUCAGCAAGGUGCCCAGCACUAUGAUGGAUAUGAGUGUGUUGAUGGCAUGCCAGCUGCUGCUGGAGCAGGUCUCCAGCGAGGGCAACAGCACUCUGCUGUCUCAGCUCUACCAGCACCUCCUGCUUGAUUUCCGCAUCUGGAGCCACUGUCACUUUGCAGUCUGCCUCGGUCAUGUGCAGUAUUUGUCGUCUGUCUUGAAGGAGGGCAAACAGAGAACACGCAGGAAGUAUGGGGUUCAGUACAUCCUGGACUCUAUUCGUGCACACUACAGUGUGGAGAAGGAUGGCAGUGCUCUGUCAGAUGAGAGGAAGACAGUACAGACAUCACUCUUUGAGCUACUGAAAGAUUUCCUGCUGAAGUCUCCCACUACAAAGGAGCUGCACAGUAUUCUGGCCUACAGUGUAGUAGUGCAGGACCAGCAGCAGGCGAUCAUGCUGUUGGAUGUUUUGUAUACCGUUUUGAGGAGCAGUCCUCAGGCUCUGUCUGUGCUGCCGGAGUGGGGGGUGGAGCAGCUCUACUGUCUGCUACUGAAGCCCAGCUUUAAUGAUGACGCACGUGAACGAGUGUUCAGAAUCAUGUAUAAAGUGCUGAAAAGUGAGCGAGUCCCAGAGCGCAACAAACAGCGGGUCAAGCUGAGAGAACCCAGCUACCUAGGCCUGGUCUGCUUCCUGGAGGAGGUCCCAGUCACAAUGACAAUCAUCCGCUGCUUGUAUGAGCAGGUGCUGGCUACAGAUCCCUCACCCAGCUUCAGAGAUCUUUUGGCAGUUGUGUACCUGUCCCACCGGGCUGAUCUCACUGUCCGACUGGAUAUAUGUCGCAAGCUAUUCUACUUGAUCUACUCCAACGAGGACUACGUUAAGCAGUUGGCCCGGCAACCUGGCUGGCAAGACAUUCUCACUAAACUCUACGUCAAAGAGUCUUAUGAGUCUCGUACUACCAGUGUAUCCAGCCCUCACACCUCCCUGGAGCCUAUACCCUCCAGACACCUGCUCCGAAGGGAUGACAGUGUGGACGGCCCUCGCUCUGACCUCUUCAUCCCCUACAGCUCCCAGCAUGAGGAGGCAGAGGAAGAUGAGGAUGAUGAAGAGGAAGAAGCUUCUCGGGACAUUACAGACGGUUUUAUGGGAUUGUCUCAGUCUCCGCCUGUAGAAGGUCAACUGAAAAGCUUCAGUGACUCGAUGAACUUCAAAUCUUUCGACUCGGUGGAACAGGGCAGCCGCUCGUCAUCCCUGUCCAACACAGUGGACGUCCCAUCCACACAGCUGCUGGAGGAAGUGGACGAGAGUCUCUAUCAGCCGAUGUCACCUCUAGGUACAUCACCCGAUCUAGAGCUGGGAGGGCAAAGAGGACCUCAGACUCCAGACACACCGUCGUCUAUAGAAUAUAACAAGCCCUUUCUUGGGCUCAGAGCACGCAAGAGUUCCAGCUUGUCUAAUGUGCUGGAUGACGCCAGCUACUGCAAUGAGCCUCCAACCUCAGACUCCAUCUCCAACAACUCCAACCCACAGCAGGCCCCAGAGGAGGAGUUGUGCAACUUGCUGACUAACAUUGUGUUCCGAGUGCUGUGGACUGGCACAGAAGGCACGGAGGAUGCAGUGUGGCGAGAGAGAGGGCAGGUUUUCUCAGCCCUCACCAAACUGGGCUCUUCCUGGCAGCUUGUGCGGCACCCGGAUGAUAUCAAGCGCAAUCUUUUGGAGAUGAUGCUGGAGUCGUCUCUUUCCGACCUGCGGGACUCUCAGGGCUUGUCUCUGCCUUAUAUUCCCUCCUUGCUCCGCCUCCUCAGACUGCUACAGGAUUUCCUGUUUGCAGAAGGCACUGACAAUCAAACACUGUGGAGCGAAAAGAUCUUUGAAGGAGUGGUGAAUCUGCUCGACAGGCUGCAGGCGUGGCAUACCACUUCUGCAACAGCCGGCGCAACAGAGCUCAAACGGAUGGCUCAGAUUGGCUUGUGGAUCAUAACAGGAUACAUACAGCAGCAGAACUCGCAGGUGGGUGAGAUGGCGUGUGUAAAGCUGCACAGUCUGCUGCAGAAGGUGCUGUGUCUGUCAUGGGAGGAGGUGUGUUUCCUGUUGGGUCGUCUGGGAGCAACUCUGUGGCCUGCAGAAGGCAUGUCUCUGAUGCUUGGUACAGCAGGUAUAGAGGCAGUGUUGAGGCCUCUGGUGCCGGUGGUGCGCACACUCCUGGACCAGCACGCUGACCCCACCAAACUGCAGCAGCUUCUGCCCAACCUGCCCCCCACCAACGGCAGCGCCACCUUCGCCCAGGAUCUGCUGUCCUACUGCAACACAGUCGAGUGGCAGCUCUUCUACUGCAAUCAUGUGAGACCCACCAUGCAGCAAUAUGAGCUGGACACUUUUGGGAAAAGCCACGACUUACUGUCCAAUUUUUGGAACUCGUGUUUUGAUGACUUGAUGAGCACUGCUGAAAAGAAGAGCAAGGACAAAGCAGAUUGCAAAGCCAAGUUUCAGGAGUUGAUUGUAGACCCAUACCUGAGGCGUGUACGCAUUGAGAACAGUCGCUAUGUGAGUGGACAGAAGCUAAAUAACAGCCAGCAGGUGGUGGUGUGGAAGCACUGGAAAUCCUGGCGCAGGCUGCUCACCAGUGAAAGAAGAGCUUGGGCAAACAGGGAUCAACCAGAGGUGAAGUGGAAGCUGUCUAGUGCAGAGACGUACUCCAAGAUGCGUUUAAAGCUUGUGCCCAACUACAACUUCGACUCUCACAGCGAGGCCAGCGCUCUCCGGGAUAACAUGGGAGCCGAGAGCCCUCGCAGUUCCGCCGAGCCCCUCCCACUGGCUGUAGCUAAGGAAGCGAAAGUGAGUGACAUGGAAGAUGACCAACUGGAGGAAGAAGACCUUCUCUUGUUGAACAGCCAGGCGGAGGAGGUAGAAGAAGAGAGCCAAAAGGAGAAGCUCGUACUCUCUGAGGACUGUGAGCUCAUCACUAUAGAGGCUGUGGUAAUGGGUCGUCUCGAGGUUACAACACACCACAUCUACUUCUUUGAUGCCAGCAGUGAGAAGGAAGAGACAGAGGAAGGGAUUGGCUUUGAUUUUAAGCGGCCGCUGAGUCAGCUGAGAGAGGUCCAUCUGAGACGCUAUAACCUGCGCCGCUCGGCCCUCGAGCUCUUCUUUAUCGACCAGGCUCACUACUUCAUCAACUUCAGGAAGAAGGUGAGGAACAAAGUCUACUCUAGGAUUCUGGGUCUCAGGCCGCCGAAUCUGUUUUACUUUGGUUCCCGCUCUCCUCAGGAACUCCUCAAAGCCUCCAAUCUCACUCAGAAAUGGGUGUGCAGAGAGAUCUCAAACUUUGAGUAUCUCAUGCAGCUCAAUACCAUUGCUGGUCGCACCUACAACGAUCUGUCGCAGUACCCUGUGUUCCCUUGGGUGCUAUGUGACUACACAUCCGAUAAACUGGACUUAGAAGAUCCGGCUGUGUUCAGAGAUUUGUCUAAGCCCAUCGGAGUGGUGAACCCUCGCCAUGCCCAGGAUGUCCGAGAGAAGUACGAGAGCUUUGAAGACCCUACAGGUACUGUUGAUAAGUUCCACUACGGCACACACUACUCCAACGCAGCGGGCGUCAUGCACUACAUGAUCCGCAUGGAGCCUUUCACCAGACUGCACAUCCAGCUGCAGAGCGGCAAAUUCGACUGCGCAGAUAGACAGUUCCACUCAGUAGCAGCAGCAUGGCAGGCUCGUAUGGAGAGCCCCGCUGAUGUGAAAGAGCUCAUCCCUGAGUUCUUCUACUUCCCAGAAUUCCUGCAGAACAUGAACGGGUUCAAUUUGGGCUGUCUUCAGGUAAAUCAGGAGUCAGUGAAUGAUGUAGUACUGCCACGCUGGGCUUCUUCUAGAGAAGACUUCAUCAGAAAACACCGCCAAGCACUGGAGAGUGAGCAUGUGUCUUCUCACCUGCAUGAGUGGAUUGAUCUGAUAUUUGGCUAUAAACAGCGAGGGCCAGAAGCUGUGGAGGCGCUCAAUGUGUUCUACUACUGCACAUAUGAAGGUGCAGUGGAUCUGGAUGCCAUAGCCAAUGAGACUGAACGCAAGGCUCUGGAGGGCAUCAUUAGUAACUUUGGGCAAACACCUUGUCAGCUUCUUAAGGAGCCCCAUCCUCCCCGUAUGUUAGCACAGAGUGCGUCCAGACGGCAAGCACGUAUCAACACUCUGCCUCCCAACCUCUUCGAGCACCUGGACAAACUGAGACCAUUCCUUGAGGUGGUAAAUGAUGGUGUGCCUCUAGUGCAGGCUAUUGUGCCCAGAAAUCAAACUCGCUCCUUCAUCAUCCCGGGGUCUGAUGUGCUGGUGACUGUGACUGCUAAAGGACAGAUAGGAACACACAGCUGGCUACCCUAUGACAAGAACAUCGCCAAUUAUUUCACCUUUACUAAAGACCCCACUAUGAGCAAUCUGAAAACACAGCGAUUCCUGAGUGGCCCCUUCUCCCCUGGAGUGGACAUCGGGUCCCAGGUGCUGGUGGUGUCCAGUGACGCUCGUCUGCUGUUCAGCGGGGGACACUGGGACUGCAGUCUCCGCGUCACCACACUGACCAAGGGCAAACUAGUGGGCAGGAUCUGCCGUCACAUAGAUGUAGUGACGUGUCUGGCUUUGGACCUGUGCGGUAUCUACCUCAUCUCAGGCUCUCGUGACACCACCUGCAUGGUGUGGCAGGUUCUCCAGCAGGGUGGUUUCUCCAGUGGUCUGUCUCCACGACCAGUGCAGGUGCUGUGUGGUCAUGAUGCAGAGGUCACCUGUGUCUCCAUUAGCACAGAGCUGGACAUGGCUAUCUCAGGAUCAAAAGAUGGGACGGUGAUCGUGCACAGCAUCCGGCGAGGUCACUAUCUACGCACACUGCGUCCUCCCUGUGAGAGCUGCAUUUCUGUCCGGGUGAACCAGCUGCAGGUGGGAAUGGAGGGUCACAUAGUGGCACAGACCGUGCUGGAGGGGAAGGAGAAGUAUGCGCUGCAUGUGUACUCUGUGAACGGCACACUGUUGGCAUCCACGGUGAUGGAGGAGUCUGUGUCAGCGCUCUAUUUGGUUUCUGACUACCUCAUACUGGGCACACUACAGGGCAACCUGCACAUUAAAGACCUGUUCAGCUUAAGGCAGGCCACUAAGCCCUUGGCGCUGAAGCUCCCUAUUCGCUGUGUAUCAGUCACCAAGGAGAGCAGUCACAUUCUGGUGGGACUGGAGGACGGCAAACUCAUUGUGGUGGGAGCUGGAAAACCAGAGGAGGUGAGCUCAGGCAAGUUCACUCGUCGUCUCUGGGGAUCAACACGCAGAAUCUCUCAGGUGUCUUCAGGAGAGACUGAGUACAACCCUUCAGAUCAUCAAACACACUCCACAUGCCUUCAAUAGGCUUCUUCAAACACACACACACACACACACACACCCCUGAGAUGCUGACCCUGAUCACAGGUCGAUGUACUUGGGGCUGUUGCUCUGGUUUUAUGGAAUAAAACAGAGUCGUCCAAAGCUGCACUUUUUUUUAAAGGGAAAGGAACAUUUCUAUUUUAUUGUUUUGGAUUGUUGUUGUUGUUUUUUAAGUAGAAAUCAUUCCAAAGAUAGAAAGGCUUAGACUCACAUGAACUGCGAUGUGAGAGUGGAGUUGAUCUGAGAACCAGGAGGAAUUCUGGAAUAACACACACCGGCUACUUUGAGCAUGAAGCUGAGAGCACACACACCUCUCUGGAGCUGCUGGACAUGGCUGGAGUGUGUCGGUGGCGGCAGCGUUCACUCCUGCUCUGCAGUGCUGCGAGUGUGUAAAACUUUACUAAACAACCCACACACUUACAUACCAACAAAGAUCUACCAGUGUGUGUAUGUGUGUGAGCGUGGGCUUAUGUGUGAGAGAGAGAACGCGAGAGCAUUCGCUUAUGUAUUUGAAUGAGUGUGUGUGUGUAUAUCUCGUGGUUCCAAGCUGUUGCUUAAAGCAAUAAUCAAUGCACAGGUUAUGUUUAGUCUUUUUCACAUUUGCUUGAUAUUCUGCUCUUAAUGCACUAUCGAGUUUUUAAAAAAACUUGUGCCUUAAAAGCUUCUGUCUGGUGUUUAUAUUGUACUACACUGUUACACAAUUCUAUAUUUGUAAUCACUUUUUUUUUUUUUGUGUUCCAGUCUUGAUAGUUGCAUUGUGUUGUUGUUUUGUUUUGUAGUUUUUUUAGUGGGCUUGUGCACUGGUUCCAGGUUUUUUGUUUUUUCUUUUCAUUUAUCUUAUAAGAAGUGCCUUUCUGAUUCCUGUGAUAAAACCUUGUUGUGGAAGUGUAUAUUUUCUUUCCUUCUCAUCCCGUCAGGAACUCUAGCCCUGGUCUCUUCUCUCCGUUCCUGCCCCAUUCUUUCAUAAGCUGUCAAGUGCCUCAACGACUCAAAUCAUUAGAAGCGAACUCUUAGCAAUACACGAAUCUGCUUUCAUGGAUGUAAGUCUUGGCGUUAGGCAGAAUGCCAGCCUUUUUUGAGUCGUCCACACUGGUAUGUGUUUCUCUUCUCUUUUUUUUUUUUGGUAAAACACUGAAUCCUUUGAAGAGUGUUGGGUGUCUGUGGAACACAUGGGAAUGCAGUUACGCUGCGCUCGAGCUGCAGGAUCGCCCAGCACACGUCCUCUUUACCACCCAGCUUUCCCUCCUCGCUUCUUCUCCUGCAGUGCGAGUCAAACACCGGCAAAUGAUAAACGCUUGAUGCCUUUUAAGCACUCACAAAUGCUGUUUUGUUCGAUUGUACCGCACCUCAGCACCCCAACACAAGUGCACACACUUUUUUUUCCUCCUACUACAAUUUGCUCGUCAAACUGAAGCCAUGUCGUCCGGUCUCAUUUGUAGUGAACGCUGCUCUGCGGAGUGAAUGAGUCUUUUCAUGUUCGCUCGUAGCGCUGCUUGUCUUCUGUUCAUGCCCUGCACUCAGAGUAAACACAUUGGGAAUAAACGACGUGAAGAGAUGCCCUGCAGUGAGCUCUGGCACGCACACUGCUGGGAGAUUUGUCUUCACACAAAUCAUAUUGCUGCAUUCAGCCUCGUAGCUGGCUGGUGCUUAUUAAUCACCGCACACCUUGCAGUCUGUCUCUCUCAAUUUGUUUCUGUUUUUUUUUUUUUCCACUAUAAACUUGAAAUACAUCAUGUU